AUGCGGGAUGAUGACUCUGACCAGGAGCCUGUAGAUAUCAUUGGGGACAGCGAUGAUGACACAGGUGCCAAUCCACAUGCACAGCACGGGCCUUCAAAUUUUCAGAUUGGGCAAUCAUUCCAGAAUAAAGAUGAAGCAGUUCUGAGUGUGAAGGACUAUAGCAUCCAUCGAGGUGUUGAGUACAGAGUCUUGGAAUCGGAUCAUCUGAAGUAUCAUGAAAAAUGCAAGGAGUUCGGUAAAGGUUGUAGUUGUUUGAUUCGCAUAUCGCUUCGUGCACGAAAGGGCACCUGGGAGCUUGAUUACCACGUUAUCUGUGCGAGGAUUUUUCCGUUGGUUAGGACGGAUGCUGCGGUUACGGUAAAGGUUUUGCAACAAGCAACAGAAGCUGAUUAUGGGUUCAGGCCUAGUUACAGGAAGGUUUGGAUGGCAAAACAAAAGGCAGUAGUACAAAUAUAUGGAGAUUGGGAAGAAUCGUAUGCCGAGUUGCCACGUUGGAUGCUAGGGGUACAGUUGACCAUGGCUGGGACAUUCACUGUGUUGAAGACUUCUCCUGUUCGACUUGGGGAUCAGGAUGGGAACUCGAACAUCCUCCCGAUACCCUUCGCCCUUGUGGAGGGAGAAAAUGCAGAUUCAUGGUCAUUCUUCUUGUCCAACCUACAAUCGCAUGUGACACCACAGGAGGGUAUCCUUGUUAUCUCUGACAGGCAUAAUGGCAUCAAGGUUGCACUUGAGGCCCCCGAGAAUGGUUGGCUGCCUCCACGUGCUUUUCGAGCGUACUGUAUUCGUCAUGUGGCAGCGAAUUUUAGCCUUAGCUUCAAGGGUAAAGAUGCAAGGAGGAUGCUGGUGAAAGCUGCCUACGCAAAAACUGAAGCAGAGUUUUAUUACUGUUUUGACAUCAUGCGGACUGAGAAUCCGGCCAUGUGUGACUGGGUCAACCAGAUGGAGUAUGACAAGUGGACCUAA